GCCUCGGGUAAAGUCCAGACGGGGGCAGAUGGGACUUGUUAUAAAGGCCCAAACUGCCCAUGAUGACGAAGCUGCCCUUCUUCCCCUGGCAUAUCAAACCCUAUUAAUAUGGCAGCCCAGGCGGACUUGGAGAAGGCGGCCCUUCCCGCCACGGUGCAAUCCUCUCCGGAGCUUGACAACGCCCCUCAACCCCACGACGCCAAUAUCGUGGAUUACGAUGGCCCCGAUGACCCGGAAAGUCCCUUUAAUUGGCCUCGCUGGAAGAAAGGCCGCCAGCUGGUCCUGAUGGCGUUCAAUACAUUCAUCACGCCCUUGGCCUCCUCCAUGUUCGCCCCCGGAGUUGAGGGCGUGAUGAAGGCUUUCCACUCCUCCAGUACGAUGCUGGCCUCGUUCAUCGUGUCAGUCUAUGUCCUUGGAUACGUCAUCGGGCCAUUCCUUAUCGCCCCUUUAUCGGAGAUUUAUGGACGCGUGCCACUCUAUCAUGUGUGCAAUGUCCUGUUCCUCAUCUUCACCAUUGCCUGCGCCGUAGCACAAUCCAUGCCUCAACUGAUCGUGUUCCGUCUGCUGGCGGGCACAGCAGGCGUCUGCCCCCUGACGAUCGGGUCCGGCACCGUAGCCGACAUGGUGCCCAAGGAGAAGCGAGCCGGUAUCAUGGCUAUUUGGGCCAUGGGCCCUAUUCUGGGUCCCGUGGUGGGCCCGGUAGCAGGAGGUUUCUUGGCCGAAGAUGAAGGCUGGCGAUGGGUGUUUUGGGUCCUGGCAAUUGCUACUGGUCUUAUGACCAUUCUCUGCAUGAUCUGGUACCGCGAAACCUAUGCGCCAGUCAUCCUUGAGCGCAAAGCGGCGCGUCUGCGCAAAGAGACCGGGAAUCCAGACCUACGUUCGGUGCAUGACCACGGCAAACAAACCAGCGAGGUCCUGCUGUCUGCCCUGGCUCGUCCGAUCAAACUUCUCGUCAAAUCACCGAUUGUCCUGCUCAUGGUCCUGUUUGCCGCCACUACGUAUGGUUACCUCUACUUGAUGUUCACCACCAUAACAUCCAUCUUCGAGGACGUCUAUGGCUUUUCCACCGGUCUAGCGGGCCUAGCCUACCUCGGAUUUGGCAUCGGAUGUCUCAUUGGCCUCGUGGUCACCGGUGCGGUCUCGAAUCGCAUCGCCAAGAGUCAUUCCGCCAAAGGGUGCUUCACCCCGGAAUCUCGCCUACCCCCGAUGAUCUUCGGCUGCUGGGCCAUUCCGAUUGGGCUGUUUUGGUAUGGAUGGGCUGCAGAGGCACAAACCCACUGGAUUGUGCCGAUCCUGGGCACGGGGGUUUUCGCCAUCGGUCUGAUGACCGUCUUCAUGUCCGCAAGUACCUACCUCGUGGACUCCUACCUACGCUAUGCGGCCUCCGUUACGGCGGCCAAUACAGGACUGCGGUCCUUGUUCGGCGCUCUGUUGCCCUUGGCCGGACCCUCCAUGUACGAUGCUCUGGGCUUGGGGUGGGGGAAUUCUCUUCUCGCCUUCAUCGCGUUGGCCAUGUGUUCCUGUCCACUUUUCUUCUGGAGAUAUGGAGCGCGCAUCAGGACACAUCCGCGCUUUCAAGUCAAGUUAUGAUAGAUAGAUAAUAUAGAUAUGUAUAUAGAUUACACUACGGG